UUUAAUUUUGUUUUUUCAUUUUGUGUGCAGGCUACCAAGCACUGAACCCAAUUUACAGUCAAGUCACAUUACCCAAUCCUGUGUGCUGACAAACUCUUCGACCAGCCCAGGCAUGUUACUUCUUGAAGGUCGACCUUCGGAUGGUUACCACCAGAUCUGGGUCGCGCUGGAGGACUGCGACAAAACGGCCUUUACAACCAGAUAUUGCCCGUACGAGUAUACAGUGAUGUCGUCCGGGCAGACCAAUGCCUCCUCCGCGUUCCAAAUAACCAUGAACGAAGUUUUCUGGCCACAGCUGGAUAAAUGUGUUAUCGUCGACCUGGAUGAUAUACUGAUUUACAAAAACACCCGAAAGGAGCACGCGAAGCACGCGGAAGCAGUUUUCACACUACUGCAAGUGCACCAUCUUUUUCCGAAAGGGGUCCAAGUGCAAGUUUUUACGCAUGAAGCUGUGAUUUUUUUUUUUCAAUCCAUAGUUGAACACGUCAUGAAGAAGCCACGGACAAAGCCCACCGGCCAACUCCAACCGAUAUCAACUCCUGGACGACCUUGGCAGCAGGUGUCGAUGGACUUCGUCACGGGGUUACCAGCUGGACCGAGUGGUAACGACUCGCUGUUCGUCUUUGUCGAUCGGCUGACGAAGACGGCGCGUUUCGCAGUGUGCAAGAAGAGCAUCAUUGCCGAGCAGACAGCAAAGCUGUUCAUGGCUACCGCGGAUCAUUGGAAGGGCAUGAAGCUUGCUGGGAUGAGUGUGCAUUGAGUAUGCAUGCUUGAGAUGUGGCAUGAU